UCCUGCUGGGCUGAGUCACAUAGAAUAGAUAGAUAGUUUAUCAGCACAUGUCCUCCAGAUCAUAUUAUCUGCUUACAAAUAUAGCCUGUUAGCGCACAGGCCCGGGAGGCUCCGGGCAGCGCGGCCCUUCCACUGCGGGUGUUGCUCGCGGGUGUAAACAGCCUUGAAGCCGGAUCGGCCCUGCGGCCAGACCGCAGACUGUCUGCGCCACCCGCACCAGGGAGGUAAUUUCAUGCUGCCACAAUGGGACAUAAAGUGGUGGUGUUUGACAUUUCUGUUGUCAGAGCCUUGUGGGAAACUCGUGUCAAGAAGCACAAAGCUUGGCAGAAGAAGGAGGCGGAAAGGCUCGAGAAAAGCGCCUUGGAAAAGAUAAAGGAGGAGUGGAACUUCGUUGCCGAGUGCAGGAGGAAGGGCAUCCCCCAGGCUCAGUACUGUAAGAAUGGCUUCAUAGACACCAGCGUGAGGCUUCUGGAGAAGAUCGAGAGGAACUCGCUCUCCAGGCCGAGCUUACUUGCCAAGGACAAAGGCAAGCAGAGCAACCCAUUUGUGUUUGAACUUUCGGGGGAGCACUGGAAGGAGCUGCCCGACUCGUUGAAGGAGCAGACACACCUGAAAGAAUGGCACAUUUGCAAUACCCUGAUUCAAAUCAUUCCUACAUACAUUGAGCUGUUUCAAGCAAUGAGAAUUCUGGAUCUGCCAAAAAACCAAAUCUCAUGUCUUCCAGCUGAAAUUGGUUGUUUGAAGAACCUGAAAGAACUCAAUGUGAGUUUCAACCAUCUGAAGAGCAUUCCUCCAGAACUAGGGGACUGUGAAAAUCUAGAAAGACUGGACUGUUCUGGAAAUCUGGAAUUAAUGGAGCUCCCAUUUGAACUAAGUAAUUUGAAGCAAGUUACAUUCGUAGAUAUCUCAGCAAACAAGUUUUCCAGUGUCCCGAUCUGUGUCCUGAGGAUGUCUAAUUUGCAGUGGCUGGAUAUCAGCAACAAUAACCUGAAUGACCUGCCACAAGAUAUAGACAGGCUGGAAGAACUGCAGAGCUUUCUCUUGUAUAAGAACAAGUUGACCUACCUCCCAUACUGCAUGCUGAACCUCAAGAAGCUCACCUUGCUGGUCGUCAGUGGGGACCAUUUGGUGGAGCUCCCAACUGCCCUUUGUGACUCCUCCACGCCAUUGAAAUUCAUAAGUCUGAUGGAUAAUCCUAUUGAUAAGGCCCAGGGUCAAGAUGGUGAUGAGAUAAUGGAAAGUGAACAGGAACGACAACAUUUUGAUAAAGAAUUUAUGAAAGCCUAUAUUGAGGAUCUUAAAGAAAGAGAAUCUGUGCCCAGCUAUACCACCAAGGUAUCUUUUAGCCUUCAACUUUAACAUCAUCCAUCAGAAGACUGCAAAAUCUCACCAUCCUGUGGAGCUUUACAACUUUGUGCAUAGGUCAUGUCACAUAGAAAUCAUGGCUUGUGUUUUAGGACAAAGUCUAUUAACCACUGUCAUAGUCAUUAAGAAAAAUAAUUUUCAAAUUUCAAGUAUAUGAAUAUCUUCCUCUAUGGGCUCAAGAAUUGAUAAAUUAGUUUAUAUAUUGGUAUUUAUAGGUUCAUUUGCAUACAAUUGUUUCUAAAUAAUGCACAUUUAAUAUUAUAGAAGGUUUUUUUUUUUGUAAAAUUAUAACUUAAUGACCAAAUUCUGACACUGAAUGCAUUGUUUUCAGAAAUCAAGGGGUAAAGGAUGGUGAAAAGAGCCUUCAUAUUGGACGAGUCAGAUCAUAGUUUUGUUAUUUGAAAAUGUUUAAUACAUUUUUUCUUUUACUGAGAGUAAUUAACGUUCCUUGGAUUUAAAUGAACUGUUACUUCCAUGAUGUUUUAAAUUAUAUUUUGGCAAGAAUAUUUGGAGCUCUGUUUUGGCUCUCAGAAGAGACCCAGGGUGUGACUUGGGCCUUAGGGGUGGGAAGGCUGCCCAUGCAUGGGGUUCCAGACACUCAGAUGGGGUGUGGCUGUCCCUCAAGGAAGAAGUGUGAGCCCUGCUGGGGUGGAAAGUUUUGAAUGGCCUGCCUGGACAGCAACCAUCCUUUCCUGAGUGCCACCUUGGGGGUCCUGGGAGCUACCUGAGUACAGAAAGCAGAAGCAGUGCCCUCAGGGGGUCUUUCCUCCCAGGGGUCCACUUAGAGUCUGGAGACCAACUGCAUACACUGCUGAGUUCAUCCUGGGCAAGGCUUCCCUGUGGGUACUGCAGGAAAACACCACCCACAGUGACCAUGGCCCAGGAGGCCCAUGGGACUGUAUGUUAUAGCAUAAAAGGUGGGAUUCACUUCAGGGCUUUGUGAUCUUAGGUCACAUCACAUGAUUUGGAUAAAUCUUACAAAGUUCCUAUUUUUAUACAAUUGUCUUAGAUUAAGAUAAACAAGAUGUGACUGAUUGUCUUGAAGAAAUACUUAACUAGCUUUUGUGAUUAAGAAGGAAAAUGUGCACACAUUCACUUUUAUGGUCUAGCCUGGUGAUGUCCAAUAGUAGCUUUCAGCAGUGAAAGAAAUGUUCUGUAUCUUUGUCAUCCAGCACAGUAACUGCCAGACACAGGGUUCUUGAACACUUGAACAGUGGUUGAUGUGAUUCAAGGACUGUAUUUUAAGUGGAAUUUAAUUCAAGUAGCCACAAGUAGUUGCCCUAUGUGACAACAAGGUAUAGCCAAUUGGAGGUUUUGGAAGUUAAUCACCUUUCAUCUCUGAAAGGUGAUUUUAAUUUUUCUUAUCCAAAGAGCUAAUCUGUUCUCAGAGGCAUGCAGUUCAAAAAGGUUACUUUUAACACCCCAGGUUUUUGUUCAAGUCAAUAUUUUGGACAAGUUCAAAUAUUUAAUCCUCAUCAGAUAGAAAAUAAGCAGACCAUUCUAAAACCACCUGGUAAUGCUUCAAUAAAGGGUUGUUCCAAUUUGAAAACAAACUCUUGAGAAGUUUAAAAGAUAAAAGGAGUAGGAAAAUGAAAAAUCGCUUUCGUUAACACUUUAAAAAUAUAAUCAAGAUUAUUGGUUGCACUACUUGAAAGAUUUUGAAGUUUUAUCUCAUGCCAUCUAUAGCCAAAUGGAAACUAUAAGUGAAAAGGGGAGUAGGUUUUCACACAGAGAGGCUGUCUGUAAUUUAUAUCAUUUUCUUUCAUUCACUAAAACCAGUUGUCUCAGUGUCACAUAUAAAUAAAUGAAAAAAACUGCAUUUACAUAUAUUUCAUGUUAUAUAAUACUCUGAAAAGAAGCAUGUUAUUUGAAUAUGUUUAUUAAAAUACUACUUAAUUUAUUAUAUAAGUAUAAAAAUGCAGAAAGUUCCAAAAGUAGAAAAUGCUUCUUAGUGGAAAUAUCCUAGAGAUUUAAAAUAAAAAACUUUACAUGAUC